CCCACUUUCCCUUUCCUUGUUAUAGUCAUUUGUUCAUUCUACUACUAGUUCCAGUCAAGUUUUUUGUUAAUGUGACAACAAUAUAAUGGUGUCGUCUCAACAACACUCUCCGUUCAUAACCCGCACUAUAUUCUCUGAUGUUGCUGGGGAUAUUACAAUUGCUCUAAAUGGAGAGUCUUUCCUACUGCAUAAGUUUCCUUUGGUGUCUCUGAGUGGAAAGAUCGGGAAGAUGGUGGCUUAUGCCAAAGACCCAAAUCUCUCAGAAUUGGAUUUAACUCAUGUACCUGGGGCUGAAACAUUUGAACUAGCUGCCAAGUUUUGUUAUGGCAUCAACUUUGAGAUCACAACUACAAACGUAGCACGUUUGCGUUGUGUGGCAGAAUACUUGGAAAUGAAACAAGAUUAUGGUGAAGAGAACCUCAUUGCGAGAACAGAAACUUUCCUUGUUGAAGUUGUGUUUCCGAAUCUUGAAAAAUCGGUGGAGGUUCUUUCUUCUUGUGAAGACCUGCUUCCUACUGCAGAGAAGGUUGGUAUUUCAGAUAGAUGCAUUGAUGCCAUUGCCAGGAAUGCUUGUCAGGAGCAACUUGUUUCAGGUCUAUCUCGUUUAGAUUGUGAUAGUGGAUCUUUGGAACACAAGGAAUGGUGGGUCGAAGAUCUUUCUGUUCUAAGCAUUGAUUUUUAUGGCAGAGUUAUCAUGGCAAUGGGACAUGUUGGGUUACACAUAGACAGCAUAAUUGCAUCCUUGAUGCAUUACGCACAGGUUUCUCUAAAGGGUAUUGGGAAACCACAAAUUUGGAAUCCAGCGAGAGCAUAUCCAUGUAAGGGAGAAAAGGGGCAGAAAACAAUUGUAGAAACUCUAGUUAGUCUAUUGCCUCCAGAGAAGAGUUCAUCUGUUCCGCUAAAUUUUCUUUUUGGGAUGUUGAGGAUAGCUAUCAUGGUGGAUGCCGUACUAGCCUGCAGGCUUGAAAUUGAGAGGAGGAUUGCCUUCAGGUUGGAAAUGGUCUUACUUGACGAUUUGUUUAUACCAUCUCUCCAGACGGGUGAUUCUUUGUUUGAUGUUGACACUGUCAAGCGCAUAUUGAUACAUUUCAUCCAGAGGAUUGACCAAGAAGAAAAUGGAGAUUGUGGAUAUGAAUCAGAAAAUCUAGAUUCUCCAAGCCAUGGUUCUUUAUUGAAAGUUGGACGUCUUAUAGACACGUAUCUAGCUGAAAUAGCUCCUGAUCCAUAUUUGAGCCUUGAGAAAUUCAUUGCUAUGAUAUCAGUUUUGCCUGAUUAUGCUCGUGUUAUUGAUGACGGACUUUACAGAGCUAUUGAUAUUUAUUUGAAGGCUCAUCCGAUGCUAAAUGAGCACGAAUGCAAAAAGCUAUGCAAAUGCAUAGAUUGUCAAAAGCUGUCUCAAGAAGCAUGCAAUCAUGCAGCACAGAAUGACAGGCUCCCAGUUCAAAUGACUGUCCAAGUUCUAUACUUUGAGCAGCUGCGACUAAAGAAUGCUCUAUGCGGAAGUUGUGGAGAUACACAAAAGAUGAGCAGCGGUGUUACAAGUGCAGCCAUGUCUCCUAGAGAUACUUAUGCAUCUUUAAGGAGAGAGAACCGAGAACUGAAGUUGGAGAUAUCAAGAAUGAGGGUGAGGCUGAGUGACCUGGAGAAAGAACAAGUGUUUAUGAAACAAGGGAUGAUAGACAAAACAGGACAGAGCAAAACAUUCUUGACUUCUCUUUCUAGAGGUAUAGGAAGGUUUGGUAUAUUUGGUGGUCCUAACGGAAAACGUAGGAAAUCAGAAGGUAAAACUGCUAAGAGUAGGAGGUAUUCUGAUUCCUAGCUAGAACAAUCAAGAGACGUCAUUAGUGUCGUGUUGCACAUUGUUGCAUUUGUUUCUAAAGUAAAAAAAUAUGAUGUUUAUUCAAUGAUUCUCAGUUCUAACAA